GCAGGCAACCAGCCGUUUUAUGGCAGCAAUUGCUACACUAGUUUGUAAAGAUAAAAUGACCAACUGAUAUACCAAUUGGUUUCUUCAGCUGCACAAAUAAUUCCCUCUUCCUCAAAAUACCGAACAGUUGGCAGCAACACGAAUUCUGUAGCUAACUAGCUACUACCACGUUCUAACUAAUUUGUUGCACGUUUUCAUUAUUUAUCGGAAUGUCGGACACUUUAGGGGACGGAAAGUUGGAGCUGAAACAAGUCAGCAAAGAAGUAAAGGAGAGCGAGAACGUGGCGGAAAAAUACUCAGCCAUGACAGUGAGCAAGAACAGCGAAAUUGUCAUGGGUGAACUGUCAGUGUCGUCCGCUGCUUUUAGUGCGGUCCCUGCUCACAAACCUGUCAAAAAGCAAAUCCAGUUUGUGGAAGACAAGCAAGAGUUCAGCAGGUUUCCUACCAAGGCAGGACGACGCUCCCUGUCUCGAUCGAUCUCUCAGUCAUCCACCGACAGCUACAGUUCAGCUGCAUCCUACACGGACAGCUCUGACGAUGAAACUUCACCACGGGACAAAACACAGCUCAAUUCCAAGGGCACCAACGACUUCUGUGUGAAGAACAUCAAACAGGCCGAAUUUGGUCGCCGCGAGAUUGAGAUUGCAGAACAAGAUAUGUCAGCAUUAAUCUCGCUCAGGAAGAGAGCCCAGGGAGAGAAGCCACUUGCUGGGGCUAAAAUCGUUGGCUGCACUCACAUCACCGCCCAGACUGCAGUGUUGAUUGAGACUCUGGUGGCACUGGGGGCCCAGUGUCGCUGGACAGCCUGUAACAUCUACUCCACACAGAAUGAGGUGGCAGCUGCCCUCUCAGAGAUCGGUGUGGCUGUUUUCGCCUGGAAGGGGGAAUCGGAGGAUGACUUCUGGUGGUGUAUCAACAAGUGCAUCAACAUGGAGGGGUGGCAGCCUAACAUGAUCCUUGAUGACGGAGGGGACUUGACUCACUGGGUGUAUAAGAAAUACCCCAACAGCUUCAAGAAGAUCAGGGGCAUUGUGGAGGAGAGUGUGACUGGGGUCCACAGGUUGUACCAGCUGUCCAAAGCAGGCAAGCUGUGUGUGCCAGCCAUGAAUGUAAAUGACUCUGUGACAAAGCAGAAGUUUGACAACCUCUACUGCUGCAGAGAGUCUAUCUUGGAUGGCCUGAAGAGGACCACAGACGUGAUGUUUGGAGGAAAGCAGGUGGUUGUCUGUGGUUAUGGAGAGGUUGGGAAAGGUUGCACUGCCGCACUGAAAGCCAUGGGAUCCAUUGUCUACGUCACAGAGAUUGAUCCCAUUUGCUCCCUGCAGGCCUGCAUGGAUGGCUUCAGGGUGGUCAAGCUUAAUGAGGUCAUCCGUCAGGUGGACAUCAUCAUCACAUGCACUGGGAAUAAGAACGUGGUGACCAGGGACCAGCUGGACCGUAUGAAGAACGGCUCCAUCGUGUGCAACAUGGGACACUCCAACACUGAGAUUGACGUGGCGAGCCUGCGGACCCCAGAGUUGACCUGGGAGAGAGUGCGCUCUCAGGUGGACCAUGUCAUCUGGCCUGAUGGCAAGAGGGUCAUCCUGCUGGCCGAGGGUCGUCUUCUGAACCUUAGCUGCUCCACAGUUCCUACCUUCGUCCUGUCAAUCACAGCCACGACCCAGGCUCUGGCUCUUAUUGAGCUGUACAAUGCUCCAGAGGGCCGCUACAAACAGGAUGUCUACUUGCUUCCCAAGAAGAUGGAUGAGUAUGUUGCCAGCCUGCACCUGCCCACCUUUGAUGCCCACCUAACGGAGCUCUCAGAUGAGCAGGCCAAGUACCUGGGCCUCAACAAGAAUGGCCCAUUCAAACCCAACUACUACAGGUAUUAG